AAGGCGUUUAGGCGCGCCCUGAUUGGCUGCCUUGCUCUUGCCCCUUCUCUCAUUGGCCGGCGCAGCCAUACGUCACUCCGGGCACUGCCAAUGGUGGCGCGGCGCUUCCUGCCGGCGGCGGACGGGGCGGUGAUUGGCUAUGGAGGCGCUGCAGCACACGGUGGGCUCGGUGCUGUCCAGCUACGGCUGGUACGUGCUGCUGGCCGCCGUGGCCGUGUACCUGCUGCUGCAGAAGGUGUCCCGCGGCCUGGCGGCGCGGCCGAGCGGCCGGCCCGGAGCGGCGGAGGCGGCGGAGGAGCCUGAUGUGGUGGUAAGAAGGCAGGAAGCUUUGGCAGCAGCUCGCCUCAGGAUGCAAGAGGAACUGAAUGCACAAGCAGAAAAAUACAAAGAAAAGCAAAAACAGCUGGAGGAGGAGCGGCGGAGGCAGAAGAUCGCCAUGUGGGAGAGCAUGCAGGAGGGGAAGAGCUACAAAGGAAACCUGAAACUGAAUCAGCAAGAAGUAGAACCUGGUGCCUCGGCCUCAGCAGUCCCGAAAUCGAAACCGAACAAAAAGCCUUUGAGAGGAGGGGAUGUAUCAAUCUUACCAACUCUCACAAAGCACCAGAAGGCCUCACUGUUGAACUCAGUCACCUGCUGGAGCCAUGUAGAUGGAUGAAGUGCUUUCUAUGGCCUCACAUUGCCCAUGCCAGGCUCACUGGCCAUGCCACAGUCUGCCUCCUCUCCCCUCAGCCCAAGAGCCCUUGCCAUACCUGCAGGUGCUCAUUUGGGUGUAUUUAGUGACAAUUUUCUGUGGUGGAGUGGAUCAUCCAGGCAGCCUCAAUCAGGCUGAAAAGGAGCCCCACGUAGGGUGCAGUGCUAAGUGACUUGAUUAAAUGUAUGAGACCUGUGGAUUCUUGAUUAAACACACUAAACUUCAGUGACAGUGCAGUGCUGGGAUUUCUGCUUUGAGUAUUUUCCCUGACAUUUGAAGGAAUCAAAUAGAUUGAUUAAUCUGAGGUGGUUUAAUAGGAGAGUGUGAUGUCUGGUGCUGUCAGCUGUCUUUGGUACCUCUGUCAUGGGGUAUUUACCUCCCUGGGGGAUGAGGAGUGCAGGGCUCAGCUGUGCUGAGAGCCAGGGUCAGGGCAGCUGGCUCUGGGCACCCUUCCAGCUGCUACCUGUCCCAGUUUAAUCCUCAGCAAAGUCCUUGCUUAAGUAACCCAUUACAGAAUUAGAGGUCUCAGAUCUUCUCCUGAGGUAGAUCAGCAUGAAGUGAAAGAACCAUCUGUGCUGCUCAGUUAAGCUAGAAAGCAAAACUUGGCUGGUAUGAGAAAAACAAAUUUCAAAGAUGAAGGUGAUGCUGGGAGUUUCAGUGAAACAGGUUGCUUUGAAACCCCCCUGGUUAGCAGUGCUACUAGGAUUUGGGUUCUUAGGUUUGUGCAGAACAAAUUGAAGAUGUUUGCCAAGUUGUAACUUUCUGAGUGUGUUCUGAGAUGAAGUUUCCCAUGGUUACAGCAUCAGGUUGUUCAGCUAAAGUGUAUUUGCCUCACUGCCUAUGCUUGCCUUUCAAAUGCUCUAAAAAAUACUUUGCAGUGUUAAAGAGUGGAUUUACCUUUUGACCUUCAGAGUAUUCCUUGCAGGACUGGAAUAAAGGAUUGUUUUAAGUCCCUGACUGUUGGGGCUCUUGCAGAGCAGAUAACUCUGCAGAGUUUGCUGUAAGAGCUGCUGUUGCUGCUCUGUUCAUCUUGCAGAGCAGCACUGCAGCUUCGGUGCAGACUUAGAAAAACCAAAUGGUAAUUCAUUUCAAUUUCAUUUAAUCCAAAUUGAUCAAAUUAAAACACAAGUGUUUUGCAAUGGCUUUUAAAGAAAGAAGCCCUCUCAAGUCUGGGUGUUCUCCGUGCUUUCAUUUUCCCUAAAAUGCUGCGUGUGUGAAGUAUGAGCAAGGUGUAAAUAUUAUCAGAUGUAUUUUUGGUGUUCCCUGUGUGCUGGUGAAGGGCUGUGGAGGAUGGAUACUGACAGU